UGAGAGAUAAUAUCAGUCGCCUCGUAAACCCUUAAGCAGCUCCCACCCACCCAGGCCUCCAUAGUCCAGCUCCUACACAGUCUCUUGGGCGUACAGGAGUGUAGGCACUGGGACACUUUCUGGAAUACUUUCAACUCUUCUUUUCCUCCUUGAACAUUCUUUUCUUCUUCUCUAAUUCCUGAGAAUUCUCCUGAGGCUGCAGGCAUGCCUCUCUCGAUUUCCGCCCACCCUAACAAGAGGAAGAAGGUCAACAAGAUCAUUACUGAUCUGACCAACAUCACCCAGGAUGAUGAAGAGUCAAACCCUGAGGCGUCCGAAUUUGAUCUGGGCACAAAGAUCAACACUCCUAAAGACACCAUGUUGGAGGAACUGUCUCUUUUGACCAACAAGGGAUCCAAGAUGUUCAGGAUGAGGCAACAGAGAGUGGAGCGCUUCAUUGUCACCAACGAGAAUAUGCAGAAUCUCCAGCAGCUGGUUCCAUCCCUGGGAUGUGAGACGACAGCCCCACCACUCACUCAGGAACUGGAGCACGAGGACGAUAAGGAGGCGGAGAACGAAAAGAAGAGACAGCAGAACGUGCAGACUUACGUGUCGCCGUGGGAACGAGCCAUGAGGGGAGACGAGUCCCUGACCUCUACCAUGCACCACCACAUGGCUGGACCACAUACCCCCCACGACAUGCCCAAGUUCAAGAGCUUCAAUAGGACGGCCCUGCCCUACGGCGGCUCCGAGAACGCGGGAGGCCACUUGACCUUCGAGACUCCCGAGAUCCUAUUCCCCCAGGUGGAGGCGGAGUCCCUCCACUCCCUGCAGGGGGACAUUAGGUCCCGCCCCUCGUUCAACCGCACCCCCAUCGGCUGGGUGUGUAACCUGGAGGACAACUCACACAUCCACGUGGAGCUGGACAACAUGCUGCCCUUCGACCGAGAGACGGACGAUCUGUAGACACACACACACACAACCCAGCCAUACUCACUCACAUAUGUUGAUGUGUAUUUAUUUGCAUGAAACAUACAUGGCUGAAGAAAGAAGAGAAGAGACAGAAUGCGAUGGUGAUGAUGAAGGUGAUGGUGAUGAUGAAGGCGAUGGUGAUGAUGAAGGGGGAAAAGAAAGUGAUGAAGAUAAUAAGACAAUAACCUUGACAGUAGAAAAUGUAGCCUGGAUUAAACUGUAUUUACCAAUAAACCUUUCCGUGUACAGAAA